AUGCAGGACAUAUGGGAUAUAUUUUGUGGGGCAUCAGAUUGCUCGAAAGUAAAUGGGAAACCUUGCAGUACUGAUUGGAUAUCCGCGGCACUACCUUCAUCAUGUAUCAAUCAUGCGUUGAUCAUUUGUUCUGAUGUUAUACUCUUGUUUUCCUUCCUAUUCACUUUGUUUCCUAAAACAUCCUUAAAAUACACCAACAUUCCUGUUUGCUUUUCUAGGUUCUCACGUUUGCAGUUGACUUCUGCUAUUUUCAAUGGUUUCCUGGGAGUAAUGUAUCUUUCCUUUUUCAUUUGGGUGUUUGAAGACCAAAUGAAGAAGACCCAUAGUGCAUUACCACUGCAUUGGUGGUUAAUGACCUUGUUUCAUGGAAUUGCAUGGUUAUCAGUAUGUUUAACUGCAAGCCUUAGGGGAAAACGUGUUACAAGAACUCCCUUAAGGCUCUUGUCAACUCUUGCUUUUGUCUUUACUGGAUUUUUUGCUGGUAUGUCACUCAUCGGGGCUAUUCUUGAUAAAGAGGUCACAAUUAAGAUAGUUCUAGACGUUUUGUCCUUUGUAGGAGCAUGUUUAUUGUUGUUAUGCACCUACAAGGGGCUGCAGCAUGAAGAGAGAUAUAGAAAUGAUCUUUAUGCUCCCUUAAAUGGCGCUGACAGUGGAAUCAGUAGAAGUGAUUCUGUUAGCUCCGUCACUCCCUUUGCUAAGGCUGGGGUUCUUAAUAAAAUGUCAUUUUGGUGGAUGAAUCCACUGAUGAAGAAGGGAAAACAAAAAGCUCUUGGGGAUGAAGAAAUUCCCAAAUUGCGUGAGUCUGAUCGUGCUGAAUCAUGUUACUUAAUGUUUUUGGAUCUUCUGAACAAACAGAAACAAGUUGAUCCGUCUUCCCAACCGUCGAUUCUAAAGACAAUUGUGUUAUGUCACUGGAAGGAGCUUAUUGUGUCAGGACUCUUUGCGCUGCUAAAAAUAACUACUCUAUCUGCUGGUCCUCUCCUUCUUAAUGCAUUCAUUAAGAUUGCUGAAGGAGAUGCAGCUUUUAAAAGUGAGGGGUUGUUAUUAGCCAUUCUGCUGUUUAUAUCAAAGAACCUGGAAUCCUUGUCACAAAGGCAAUGGUACUUCAGGAGCAGACUCAUUGGCCUAAAAGUGAGGUCUUUACUUACAGCAGCCAUUUGUAAGAAGCAAAUGAGAUUAUCCAAUGCUGCCAAGCUGAUGCAUUCCAGUGGUGAGAUCAUGAACUAUGUAACCGUGGAUGCUUAUCGAGUUGGAGAGUUUCCUUUUUGGCUGCAUCAGACGUGGACUACAAUGAUCCAGAUCUGCUUUGCACUAAUCAUUCUCCUCCGUACAGUUGGACUGGCAACUAUUGCAUCCUUGGUAGUGAUUAUAAUCACGGUCCUGUGCAAUGCUCCGCUAGCUAAGUUACAACAUAAAUUCCAGUCCAAGCUAAUGGUUGCACAAGAUGAUAGGCUCAAGGCUAUCUCAGAGGCCCUUGUAAAUAUGAAAGUUCUGAAAUUAUAUGCAUGGGAAACUCAUUUUAAGAAGGUCAUAGAAAAUUUGAGGCAAGUAGAAGAAAAUUGUUGUUCAGCUGUUCAAUUGAGUAACGGAUAUAAUUCCUUCCUUUAUGGGUCAUCACCUGUUUUGGUCUCUGCUGCAACAUUUGGGGCUUGUUAUUUCCUAGGUAUUCCACUGCAUGCAAGUAACAUUUUCACCUUUGUAGCAACAUUACGUCUGGUUCAGAGUCCUGUAAGCGACAUUUCUGACCUUAUUGGUGUGGUCAUUAAAGCCAAGGUUUCCUUUGCGAGAAUUGUCAAGUUCCUUGAGGCCCCUGAACUGGAAAAUGCAAAUGUUAGGCAGAAGCACAACUUUGGAUCUACAGAUCACGCCAUACUUUUGAAAUCAGCUAAUCUCUCAUGGGAAGAGAAUCCACCUCGACCUACACUGAGAAAUAUUAAUUUGGAGGUUAGAUCCGGUCAGAAGAUUGCUAUAUGUGGGGAGGUGGGAUCAGGAAAGUCAACACUUAUGGCAGCAAUUCUUGGAGAGGUUCCAAGUAUCCAAGGAACUGUUCAAGUUUACGGAAAAAUUGCCUAUGUCUCUCAGUCAGCAUGGAUUCAGACAGGGACAAUACAAGAAAAUAUUUUGUUUGGUUCUCCACUUGAUAGCCAGAGAUACCAGCAAACUUUGGAAAAAUGUUCACUGCUAAAAGACCUUGAGUUGCUACCUUAUGGUGAUCUCACUGAAAUAGGUGAAAGAGGAGUUAAUCUUAGUGGUGGUCAAAAGCAGCGCAUUCAACUUGCUCGUGCACUGUAUCAGAAUGCUGAUAUAUAUCUCUUAGAUGAUCCAUUCAGUGCAGUAGAUGCACAUACUGCUAGUAGCUUAUUCAAUGAAUAUGUCAUGGGUGCUCUCUCAAGGAAAACCGUCUUUCUUGUGACGCACCAAGUUGAUUUUCUUCCUGCUUUUGAUAUGGUUCUGUUGCUGUCAGAAGGAGAAAUUUCACAUGCAGCUCCAUAUCAUCAGUUAUUGGCCUCGACCAAAGUGUUUCAGGACUUGGUUGAUGCACACAAGGAGACCGCUGGUUCAGAAAAGGUUGCAGAGGUUACUUCAUUGAGGCGAGAAUCUCAUACAAGAGAACUUCGUAAGACUGAUACUGGGAAAAAUUCUAUUGUUCCGGGAGGUGAUCAGUUGAUUAAGCUAGAAGAGAGAGAAGUUGGAGACACUGGAUUAAUGCCUUAUGCUCAGUAUCUAAAUCAGAACAAAGGUUACCUCUUCUUUGCUAUGGCUGUAUUCUCGCACAUAACAUUUGCGGUUGGUCAGGUAACACAAAACUUCUGGAUGGCUGCAAAUGUUGAUAAUCCACAAGUUGGCACUUUGAGACUGAUUGAAGUUUACUUGCUAAUUGGAGUUGUAUCAAUGCUGUUUUUGCUCUUUCGCUCUCUAUCAACAGUUUUUAUGGGCUUGCAAUCAUCGAAGUCUCUGUUCUCACAGUUAUUAUAUUCUCUAUUCCGUGCUCCUAUGUCAUUUUAUGACUCUACCCCUUUGGGAAGGAUAUUAAGCCGGGUCUCAUCGGAUUUAAGUAUAGUUGAUCUUGAUAUUCCUUUCAACUUGAUUUUUACUUUUGGAUCUACCACAAACUUCUAUUCCAAUCUUACAGUGGUAGCUAUUGUCACUUGGCCAGUUCUGGUUAUCUCCAUCCCAAUGCUUUAUUUGGCCAUUCAGUUGCAGAAAUACUACUAUGCAUCAGCAAAAGAGUUGAUGCGGAUAAAUGGUACUACCAAAUCAUUUGUGGCCAACCAUCUUGCUGAAUCUAUUGCUGGAGCUGUGACUAUAAGGGCAUUCAAAGAGGAAGACAGAUUUUUUAUGAAGACUUUGAAGCUAAUUGAUAUAAAUGCCAGCCCGUUCUUCCACAAUUUUGCAGCAAAUGAGUGGUUGAUUCAACGACUGGAAACUAUUACUGCUAUUGUUCUUGCAUCCUCAACACUUUGCAUGGUUUUGCUUCCUCCUGGGACUUUAAGUUCAGGAUUCAUUGGGAUGGCUUUGUCCUAUGGUCUUUCCUUAAACACAUCUCUUGUUUUUUCCAUUCAAAACCAGUGCAGGCUAACAAAUUACAUCAUUUCGGUGGAAAGACUCAACCAGUAUAUGCACAUUCCAAGUGAACCACCUGAGAUUGUUGAAGAGAACCGUCCACCAGUCAAUUGGCCAACAAGGGGUAAAGUUGAAAUUCAAGAUCUGCUGGUAAGAUAUAGGGAAGAUACCCCUUUUGUGCUUAGGGGGAUCAGUUGUACAAUUGAAGGAGGUCAGAAAAUCGGUAUAGUUGGCCGGACUGGGAGUGGCAAGACAACACUCAUCGGUGCACUAUUUCGAUUAGUGGAGCCAACAGGUGGAAGGAUUAUAGUUGAUGGAAUUGACAUUUCUAAAAUCGGUCUUCAUGAUCUAAGGUCUCGAUUUGGGAUUAUACCUCAAGACCCUACACUCGUCAAUGGAACAGUAAGAUACAACUUGGACCCCUUAAGUCAGCAUACUGAUGAGGAAAUAUGGGAGGUUCUUGGGAAAUGUCAGCUAAAAGAAGCAGUAGAAGAAAAAGAAAAGGGGCUUGACUCACUGGUUGUGGAAGAUGGAUCAAACUGGAGCAUGGGACAGCGACAAUUGUUCUGUUUGGGACGUGCUCUUUUGAGGAGAAGUAAGAUUUUGGUGCUUGACGAAGCAACUGCAUCGAUUGACAAUGCCACUGAUAUGAUAUUGCAGAAAACCAUCAGGACAGAAUUUGCUAACAGUACUGUAAUUACAGUUGCCCAUAGGAUACCCACAGUAAUGGAUUGUACUAUGGUUCUGGCCAUUAGUGAUGGGAAACUAGUGGAGUAUGAUGAACCAAUGAAGCUGAUGAAGCAAGAAAGUUCACUUUUCGGACAACUCGUUAAGGAGUAUUGGUCUCAUUACCACUUAGCAGAAUCUCAUUGA